AGACAGAAAUUGGAAUGUAAACGCUAAUUAAAAGCGUAGCAUAGCCAGAUGUUUUGGUUCGGCAGUUAUAGCCAGCAGGUUAAAUUAUUUAAGUCGCGCUUUAUGUAUUUAUUUCAUAUGUGAAGACAUGGCUGAAGAAGGCACUGAGAACAUUCCCAGGUUUGACCAGCUGAAUAAAUUCGAGAAGCUGUCAGGGAGGCCUGCCCUCAGAGUAUCAGGUCACCGCGCCCCCCCUGCCCGGAGCGGACACCGCUGUGUGGCGGACGACGCCAACCUCUACGUCUUCGGAGGCUACAAUCCAGACUAUGACGAGUCGGGCGGCCCAGAGAACGAGGACUACCCUCUGUUCCGGGAGCUGUGGAGGUACCACUUCGCCACAGGGACCUGGCAGCAGAUCCGCACCGAGGGCUACAUGCCCACCGAGCUGGCCUCCAUGUCAGCGGUCUUACACGGAAACAACCUGCUUGUGUUCGGGGGCACCGGCAUUCCAUUCGGCGAGAACAACGGGAACGACGUCCACGUCUGCAACGUCAAGUACAAGCGCUGGUCUCUGCUCGGCUGCCGAGGGAAGAAGCCCAACCGCAUUUACGGACAGGCGAUGGUCAUUAUAAAUGGCUACCUGUACGUGUUUGGAGGAACGACGGGCUACAUCUACAGCACUGACCUGCACCGGUUAGACCUCGCCACCCGCGAGUGGAUUCACCUGAAGCCCAACAACCCGCCGGACGACUUCCCAGAGGAGCGAUACAGACACGAAAUAGCACACGACGGACAGAGGAUAUACAUCUUAGGAGGUGGGACCUCCUGGACCUCCUAUCCUUUAGACAAGAUCCACGCGUACAACCUGGCAACCAACUCAUGGGAGGAAAUCGCAACCAAGCCACAUGAAAAAAUAGGGUUCCCAGCUGCGAGGAGGUGUCACAGCUGUGUACAGAUAAGAAACAACGUCUUCAUCUGCGGAGGCUACAACGGAGAGCUGAUCCUGGACGACCUGUGGAAGAUCAACCUGCAGACGUUCGAGUGGACGAAGCUGCCUGCGUCCAUGCCGGAGCCGGCGUACUUCCACUGUGCCGCGGUGACUCCGGCGGGCUGCAUGUACAUCCACGGCGGGGUGGUGAACAUCCAUGAGAACAAGAGGACUGGCUCGCUGUUUAAGAUCUGGCUGGUGGUGCCCAGCCUGCUGGAACUGUGCUGGGAGAGGCUGCUGCGCUGCUUCCCCCAGCUGGCCCAGCUACCCACCGUGCAGCUGCUCAACCUGGGCCUGACGCAGGACCUCAUCGAGCGCCUGAAAUAGCCGCGGGGGGGAGCCCGCCACACGCCCGCCUUACGCCCGCCACGCGGGACGCCUUCUGCUCCCUCAGCACUUUGAAUGAUUUUAACGAACCGAGCGGAAUGUCCGAGUCUGCGUUUCCUCGGGGCCAGGGCGAGGACGCCC